UUUAUCUAGUGUAGGGAAUAAGGAGGACCUUAGCGAUAGGCUCCAGGCAUAUUUCGGGAAGAAUAAAGGAAAGGCUACAGAUAAGAGUAGAGUAGGGGAUGAUGAAGAUUUGGAUGACAUUAUCGAA